CUGUUCUAAAGCGCGAAUACAUCUGAUCUGAGCUGCGGUGCUGGGUGAAGCUUAGCUGCUGGGGGCAGCAGCAUACGAAGUACGAUACUUUGGAUGCGCAGCUGGGAUGAGCGAAUCUCUCGCCCUGUCAGAUGCCCCACUCUCGCUAGCAGUCGACGGAGUAAAGUUGUCUCAGUAUGUCAAAGAGGAAGAACACUGAACUGGUGGAUGGACCUCCAAAAAGAGGACGAUUAUCUCAGGCACAGCCACCAGAAGAUAAAGACAGUGUCUCGUCCUUUCAAGACAGUACUGCUCAAUGGACACCAAGCAAUGUAUCAGGGGAGGUUGGCAUUAUAGAGAAUCUGUUUCUGAAGAACUUUAUGUGCCAUUCUCUGCUUGGUCCGUUUACCUUUGGACCAAAUGUCAACUUUGUUAUUGGAAAAAAUGGAAGUGGUAAAAGUGCAAUAUUGACUGCAUUGAUUGUGGCUCUGGGAGGUAACGCACAGACAACCAAUAGAGGUACUUCACUGAAGGGCUUUGUCAAGGAAGGAGAGGGCUCGGCAGAAAUCUCCAUCACCUUGAGAAACAGAGGCCAGGAUUCGUAUAAGCCACAUGUGUUUGGGGAGUCAGUUACAAUUGACCUUCGUAUAUCUAAUGAAGGUCUAAGAACCUACAAACUAAAGAGUAAAACAGGUCAACUUGUACCAUUCAAACGAGAGGAGCUGGCAUCCAUUCUCGAUCAUUUCAAUAUUCAGGUGAACAAUCCCAUUUCUGUCCUGACACAGGAAAUGAGCAAAAACUUUCUUCACUCCAAAGGAGAGGGAGACAAGUACAAGUUCUUUAUGAAAGCAACUCAACUGGAGCAGAUGAAGGAAGACUACAGCUACAUUAUGGAAACAAAGGCUGUCACCCAGAAUACAGUGGAAAAAUAUGAGGAGACCAUGCUUGAGAUCCGUUGCAAGUACAAGGAAAAAGAGGAAAAGUACAAGAAUCUGGCUUCACUGGAUGAGAUGCAGCAGAAACUGGACAAAUUAAAAAAUCAAAUGGCCUGGGCACUGGUAACUGAAAUGGAGCAGGAUGUGAAGCGCAUGAAAGAGAUGGUUGCAGAGGAGGAGAAGUCUACUAUUAAAUAUGACCAAAAAGUAGAAGAGUGGAAGGAGAAAGUUGUAAAAGCUGAGCAAAGCUACAAGCAGGUCCAUGAGGAGUUGGAGAGCAUGAUUGAGCAAGUGCAAAAUCUGCAGACCAAGUGUGGUCAACUAAAGAAUGAAGUGCAAAAACACAGUAAAGCCUUCAAAGCAGCAGAGGCAGGGUUUCAUAAGCAAAAAGCAAAUUUAAGAGAUCUGGAAAGAGAUAAAGAACACCUUACAAAACACAUCAGUGAACUAAAAUUGAGUAUUGUUCAGUCAAGUGAAGCUGUGAUUCAGUCUCGUGUGGAAAAGUUGAAGCUCCUUAAGGACAAGUUGGCUGCUUUGACAUUCCAGGACACUGCACUGGCUCAGCAAAUUGAUCAGUUUCAGCAGGCCUGUUCCAUGGCUAAGGACAAACUCUGUAAAAUGAGGCGAGAAGAGCAGGACUUGGUGCGUGCACUUAAGUCAAAACAACGUGAGCUUGCAGCUGUGGAAUGUGGCAGGAAAGACAGACUCCAGCGCUUUGGAGAGCAAAUGCCUGCGUUGUUGGCAGCUAUAGAGAAGGCCUACCACAAUGGGCAGUUCAAAAAGAAACCUGUUGGUCCACUUGGAUACUGUAUACAGUUGCGAGACCCAGACCUGGCCCUUGCUGUGGAGAGCUGUUUAAAGGGUCUGAUGUUGGCUUUCUGUUGUGAUAACUACAGUGAUGAAAAACUGCUACAAAAGCUCAUGAUUCAAAACCCUCAAAGACAAAGGCCCCAAAUUAUUGUCAGUCAGUUCUCUGACAUGCCGUAUGACAUCAGCAGAAGAGCCGUCAAUCAUCCAAAAUACCCUUCAGUACUCCAAGUGCUUCAUAUUGAAAAUCCAGUCGUGACUAACUGUCUGAUUGACAUGAGAGGUAUAGAGACCAUUCUGCUUAUUAAGAGCAAUAAAGAUGCUCGGACAGUGAUGCAGGAAGGACGCCCUCCUCCUAACUGUAAAGAAGCAUUUACAUGUGAAGGAGACCAGGUUUACUAUAACCGCUACUACUCUUCAGAUCACCAAAGGGCACGGUACCUAAACCAUGAUGUGGAGCAGGAAAUCAGAAAUAUACAAGCAGCCUUGCAGACACAGGAGUCACAGUUAAAGAUUUUUAAGCAGAGUGUGAAGCAAGUUGAAGAUGAUCUGCAAAGCAAUGAAACACUGAUGCAGAGAGCCCUUAAUGAUGACAGAAAAGUAAAGGACCAAUGCCGAAAACUCCAGUUGGAGAUUAACGACUUGCAGAAUGUGGAGGAACCCCAUUCAGAGGACAUGAAGGCGCUGGAAGAUGAAUUGGAGGACCUGGGUAGCAGAAUAUCUGUGUGUCACAAGGAGUAUGAAAAAGAGCAGCAGUUGAUGUUUUCACUUCAAAAAGCAUACGAAGAAGCAGAGCUUCUCUACCAACAGCACAGAGAUGCCUUACACAGCAUGGCUGAGAAGUCGGAACCUAUUAAGGAGCUAUUGAGUAAGAAUGACCAAGAAGUAGAGAAGACAAAGCACCAUAAAAAACAUUAUGAGGAGAAACGUAAAGCUCACAUCAACAACUUAGAAUCUUUAAAGAAGAAGUUGGAGGAGAAAAAGCAGGAAUUGAAGGACACUAUAAAAAAAGCCUCAGAAAUCUGCCUGGAGCGUGUACACGUACAGAAAACCGCAAAAGGACUUGACAACGAGAUUAUCUAUUUAAAAUCAAAGAUCGAUGCACGGCAAGCCCAGCACGGAGACAAAGACACCAUCAUCAGGCAAUACCAGGAAGCUUUUGAGAACUAUAACAAAAUUGCCCAGCAAGUAAAGGGUCUCAAACACUUCAUCCAUCUACUGAGUGAAAUUAUGAACAUGCGGCAUAAUAUGUAUACUGAGAUGAGAAGGUACUUGUCUGUGCGUUGCAAGUACUAUUUUGACUCCAUGCUUUCCCAGAGAGGGUACACGGGAAAGAUGUCGUUUAACCACAAGAAAGAGACUCUCUCCAUUUCAAUACAGCCGGGAGACGGUGAUAAGGCUGCUAUGAGUGACAUGCGUUCUUUGUCUGGAGGGGAGCGAUCCUUUUCUACAGUGUGUUUUGUUUUGUCACUCUGGGCCAUAGCUGAAGCUCCUUUUCGCUGCCUGGAUGAAUUUGAUGUAUAUAUGGACAUGGUGAACCGCAGAAUUUCUAUGGACAUGAUGCUGAAGAUUGCGGCUAGCCAGCGCUACAGACAGUUCAUUUUUCUCACUCCACAAAGCAUGAGUUCUCUUCCGAUCAAUAAUCUCAUCCGUAUCCUGCAUUUGAAAGACCCUGAUCGCAACCAGACAGUUCUGCCUUUUGGUUUGUCGUGAUAUUAAAAGCAUGUCAACUUUAGGACAGACUUGGUAACGCUACAAUAAUCUGCAUUGCUUAAUGCAUUGCUUUUUUUCUUUCUUAAAUAUCAUUCCUUUAUACUAGUUUCUUGUAUGUUCUUUGAUUAACUAAAUGUAUACUAGAUAAUAUUUUGUAGUCUUAUUUCAAUUAAACAGUAAAGAGAACUACAAAGAAUAUUGACUUUUGGCACAGCUUUGGAACUGCUCUUUUUUUCAGGUGUGGAACUCCUGAAGAUUUUCAAUAUUUUUUUUUCCCCUAUGGUCACGACACAAUCUAUAUGUAAAAUACAUAUAUAAUACAUAUAAACAUAAAUACUUCAUAAGAGGAGCAAAAAUACACAAACCACAUAAGGUGUAUGAAUGUAAUUGUACAGAUUGGUUUAAUUCAUUUUUUAGUUAAUAUUGUUUAUAUUUGCUCUACAUUUCCCAAUGAAAUAAUAAAAAAAGUUGUUUCACUCCAAUAAACAAUAAAAAUACUUACAUAUCUGUAUCAGGAUAUACAAUUCAUGAUUAUUUAUAAUAUACUCUUUUUUUUUUUUUUUUUACUGUGUAUAGUGUUACAGAAAUAAAUGGAUUAAGAGAGAUUGGCUUUGGUAUUUACUUGGCAUCAGAUCAAAUAGUAAUCCCACAAGUAACCCACAUCCCUAAUCUUUGCAGACCAGGGACCAAGUGCAAGGGAUUUACACUACAAGUGGGCACAUACCAGCAAGUGGGAGUUUAAAUUAUAUUUUGAUUUCUCAAAUCUAGAAAGGCAACACCAAAAAGUUAUAAUUAGAAUGUGUUUAAGAUACAUAGUGGAAAAAAUUAUUGAAAAAAAGAUUUUUAUGAUUUGCCAUGUGCAUCUGUCAAAUAUGUGCAGUGUAGAUUCAGCAGCAGACACUGUUUAUGCAGCAUUGUUGCUGUUUGAUCUUUACCAAACACAUGUUAAUGGUUUAAGGCUUGAGUCGGUCCAAUAUGCAUGUUUAAAAACAUGCAAUGCCAAAUAAACUUUAGUUUUAAAUUGAA